GGGAGAAGGAGGGGGUGUUUGCCGGAGCCCUAGACAGCUGGAGGGGAUAAACAGAGGAGGGGGCCGCGGAGGGCUCGGGUCCCAGCCAGGCCGCGGCUGUGAAGCCUGGCGAGCGGCUCAGGCUGCCACCCAGCCACUCACCUCCUGGAGGGGCCCCUGCCUUGGUACAGGGGUCGGGCCGCCCCCCUGCAUGGAAGUUCGAGGGCUUCGUCCACUGGCUGCUGCAGCUGCUGAGCCUGCCCUGAGGAGGCCUGACAGGUAAUUUCAAUGCCUUCUCCAUGGACAUGAACUCUACUGGAAUGCUUGGAUGCACAGCAACGCCUCCAUUAGCUUGCUUUUGUUGGCCCUAUUGUGAGAAGAUGGCAAAAGCAAACAUUACUAGAGACCUCAUCCACAGGCAGCUCAAGGAGAAGGGCGCCCUCAGCUUUGAACGACACUAUCACGUUACUGACCCGUUCAUCCAGCGCCUGGGCUUGGAGGCAGAGCUGCAGGGUCACACUGGCUGCGUCAACUGUCUGGAAUGGAAUGAAAAGGGAAAUUUGCUGGCCUCUGGCUCCGAUGACCAGCACACAAUUGUGUGGGAUCCCCUACACCAUAAGAAACUCCUCUCCAUGCAUACAGGACACACGGCAAACAUAUUCUCAGUCAAGUUCUUACCCCAUGCAGAGGAUCGGAUACUUAUCACCGGGGCUGCUGAUUCCAAGGUGCAUGUCCACGACUUGACUGUUAAAGAAACCAUCCAUAUGUUUGGGGAUCACAAAAACAGAGUCAAGCGUAUUGCCACAGCUCCUAUGUGGCCCAACACCUUCUGGAGCGCAGCUGAGGAUGGGCUGAUUAGACAGUACGACCUGCGAGAGAACAGCAAACACUCAGAAGUCCUGAUUGAUCUGACAGAAUACUGUGGACAGCUUGUGGAGGCAAAAUGUCUCACUGUCAACCCCCAGGACAAUAACUACCUAGCAGUAGGUGCCAGCGGGCCCUUUGUACGCAUCUAUGAUAUACGCAUGAUCCACAAUCACAGAAAAACAAUGAAACAGAACCCUACAGCUGGUGUACAUACAUUUUGUGACCGGCAGAAACCCCUCCCAGAUGGUGCAGCGCAGUACUACGUAGCAGGGCAUCUUCCAGUGAAAUUGCCAGACUACAAUAACCGGCUGAGAGUUUUGGUAGCUACAUAUGUCACCUUCAGUCCUGAUGGUACAGAGCUCUUGGUCAACAUGGGAGGGGAGCAGGUUUACUUAUUUGACCUGACUUAUAAGCAGCGGCCAUACACUUUUCUCCUGCCAAAGAAAUGCCACUCUUCAGGAGAGGUGCAGAAUGGGAAAACAUCAACCAAUGGAGUGUCAAAUGGUAUCCAUCUCCACAGUAAUGGGUUCAGGCUGUCUGAGGGACGAGCGCACAUGAGCCCACAAGUGGAGCUACCACCCUAUCUGGAGAAAAUUAAGCUGCAAGCCAAUGAGGCUUUUGCUUGUCAGCAGUGGACUCAAGCCAUCCAGCUUUAUAGCAAAGCUGUCCAGAAAGCCCCCAACAAUGCCAUGCUGUAUGGAAACAGGGCUGCGGCCUACAUGAAGCGCAAGUGGGAUGGGGAUCACUAUGAUGCUUUGAGAGACUGCUUAAAGGCCAUCUCCCUAAAUCCAUGCCACUUGAAGGCUCACUUCCGCCUGGCUCGUUGUCUCUUUGAGCUGAAGUAUGUGGCGGAAGCACUGGAGUGUCUGGAUGACUUCAAAGGAAAAUUCCCUGAGCAGGCACAUAGCAGUGCUUGCGAUGCACUGGACCGGGACAUCAAUGCAGCCCUUUUCUCAAAAAGUGAUAAUGCGGAAGACAAGAAAGGGAGUGGCCCUAUCUGGCUCCGAGCAACUGGGCGUAAAGAUUCCAUCUCGGAUGAUGAGAUGGUCCUGAGGGAGCGCAGCUAUGACUACAAAUUCAGAUACUGCGGUCACUGCAACACCACUACGGACAUCAAAGAGGCUAACUUUUUUGGCAGCAAUGCACAGUACAUUGUCAGUGGCUCUGAUGAUGGCUCCUUCUUCAUCUGGGAGAAAGAAACGACCAACUUGGUGCGGGUGCUGCAGGGUGACGAGUCGAUUGUCAACUGCCUCCAGCCCCACCCGAGUUACUGCUUCCUGGCCACCAGCGGCAUCGACCCAGUUGUACGGCUGUGGAAUCCCAGACCAGAGAGCGAAGCACUGAACGGGCGAGUGGUGGAAGACAUGGAAAGCGCUUCCCAAGCCAACCAGAGGCGGAUGAAUGCUGACCCAUUGGAAGUGAUGCUGUUUAACAUGGGCUACCGGAUCACAGGACUGACUAGCAGCGGAGCUGGAGGCUCAGAUGACGAAGACAGCUCCGAGGGGCAAGUCCACUGCCGGACCAGCUAAAGCUGAAUUGCCUCUUCCUUCCCAUAAUUUUGUUUCUCUUUUUUGUUUUUGUUUGAAGGGAAAUCUAGUUUGCUCAGUUUGAACUCUGAUGGACAACUGCACUGUUUCACACUAUGCACAGAGUAGGACAUGCCAGCAGGGGCAGGAGCGGCUUUGUUUAAACUGCUGCUACUCUUUCUUCUUCCUCUUUUUGCCCUGUUCCACUAUUGAGCAGCAUGGUAACAUGGCCUGUUGAGUUUUGCCUCCUAGUCUGUACAGAGGUUUCCUUUUCCACAUUGUCUGUAAGCAGUGAAAACUGGUAACCAUCUCCCCUCCUCUGGUGCUGCUGCAUGGCCUGGAUGGUGGGAGGCAUUGCCUACAUGAAUGCAUUUUUUUUUUUUUGCAGAGAGGAUGUUUAAAAACUCAAUAAAAUGUAAACUAGG